GGAGGCGAUGGCAGUUCUGUGGCCGCUUCCAGCGCGGCUCCUCGCAAAUGAGCAGAAAGGAGGCGAGGGCUCCCCUCCUCGCAUUUGAGCGAGCCGUGAGCCUCCCCGCGGCCCGCCACCCGGCCCAGGGCGGGGAAGGGGUGGCGGUCGGCUGAGCCCGCGGGACCCGCCUCUGUCGCCGCCUCUCCGGGCCCCGCUCUCUCCUCAGGGUCCCAUGAUGGCGGCGGCGUGGAUGGACCCGGCGCGGGUGUCUGUGACCUUCGAUGAUGUGGCUGUGACUUUUACCCAGGAGGAGUGGAGGCAGCUGGACCCGUCUCAGAGGACCCUGUACCAGGAGGUGAUGCUGGAAAACUGUGGGCUCCUGGUGUCUCUGGGGUGUCCUGUUCCCAGACCUGAGCUGAUCUACCACCUGGAGCAGGGCCAGGAGCUGUGGACGGUGAAGAAAGACCUCUCCCAGAGCACCUGUGCAGGUGACAAAGGAAAGCCUAAGACCACAGAACCUACCACUUGUGAGCCAGCCCUGUCUGAGGGAGUCUCACUCCAGGAACAACUAACACAGAGAAUUUCAGAGGACUCCCAUUUGGGCCAAAUCAACAAUCAGGAAUUGUCACUGGAAAUGCAAGAAGGACACUUGAGACCAGAGAUAGAACCCCAGAAGGGAAAGCUCCCUGGGAAACCAAGCUCUGAACAUGGGAGCUUAGGGACAGCUGAUGGUGUGUGUUCAAGGAUUAUAGAGGAGCCAGUCUCUCCAGGAGGUGCUGUCCAUGACCGUGACUCAUGUGGAUCACAUAAAGAUCCCAUGAUUCAGGAAGAGGAAAGUACCUUUAAAUGCAAUGAAUGUGGGAAAGUUUUUAAUAAGAAACGUCUCCUUGCUCGACAUGAAAGGAUUCACUCUGGCGUGAAGCCCUAUGAGUGCACAGAGUGUGGGAAAACCUUUAGUAAGAGCACUUAUCUCCUUCAACACCACAUGGUCCACACUGGGGAAAAGCCCUAUAAGUGCAUGGAAUGCGGGAAGGCCUUCAACCGCAAGUCACACCUUACACAACACCAGCGGAUUCACAGCGGAGAGAAGCCUUAUAAAUGCAAUGAAUGUGGAAAGGCCUUCACCCACCGCUCCACUUUUGUUUUGCAUAACAGGAGCCACACUGGAGAAAAACCCUUUGUAUGCAAAGAAUGUGGAAAAGCCUUCCGAGAUAGGCCAGGUUUCAUUCGACACUACAUCAUCCACAGUGGUGAGAAUCCAUAUGAAUGCUUUGAAUGUGGUAAGGUCUUUAAACACAGGUCAUACCUCAUGUGGCACCAGCAGACUCACACUGGGGAGAAGCCCUAUGAGUGCAGCGAAUGUGGGAAGGCCUUCUGUGAGAGCGCAGCCCUCAUCCACCACUAUGUCAUCCACACUGGGGAGAAGCCCUUUGAGUGCCUCGAGUGCGGGAAGGCCUUCAACCACAGGUCAUACCUCAAGAGACACCAGCGGAUUCACACUGGGGAAAAGCCCUAUGUGUGCACUGAAUGUGGAAAGGCCUUCACCCACUGCUCCACUUUUAUCUUGCAUAAAAGGGCCCACACUGGAGAGAAACCUUUUGAGUGCAAAGAAUGUGGGAAAGCCUUUAGCAAUCGGGCAGACCUCAUUCGACACUUCAGCAUCCACACUGGAGAGAAGCCCUAUGAGUGCACGGAGUGCGGGAAGGCCUUUAACCGCAGGUCAGGCCUCACCAGGCACCAGCGGAUUCACAGUGGAGAGAAGCCCUAUGAAUGCCUUGAGUGUGGGAAAACUUUCUGCUGGAGCACAAACCUCAUUCGACACUCCAUCAUCCACACUGGAGAGAAGCCCUAUGAGUGCAGUGAGUGUGGGAAGGCCUUCAGUCGCAGCUCAUCCCUCACUCAGCAUCAGAGGGUUCAUACUGGGAGAAACCCUGUCAGUGUGACAGAUGUGGGAAGACCCUUCACCAGUGGGCAAUCCUCAGUCAACCUUCAAGAACUCCUACUGGGGAAAGACUUCUUGAAUGUAACCACUGAGGAGAAUCUUUUGCCAGAGGAAACAUCUUACUCAGAAUCUGAUCAUUCAUACCAAAGAGAAACCCCACAAUUUUCUUCCCUGUGAAAAUACCUAUUGCAGGAUAUCAGUUGUCAUCUAAAGAGUCAUAUUGGAAAUUGAUCCAGCCUAGAGCCUUAUUCUACAUCUGAGAAUUCAUCAAGGAGAGAGACUUAGUGGUUAUUAAACACUUAGGAAAACCUUCAGCUACACCUUUCUUCUUAGUUUACGCUUCAGUGUUAUCUCAGGAAUAUUUUUUAAAAACAAGGGAGAGACAAAAUAGAAAAUGAACUACAAAAAGUUUCUUUCAGACUUCCUUGCCAAACUGUGGCACUUUGUCAUGGAUUCCUUAGUUAAUUGGCAGGAGGAGAGUUUGUUACCAUGGUAAAGAACCUAGACUCUGUGUGUCUUGUAUAUACAUUCACUGCUAUCCGGUGUAAGGAGAGUUAGACAGGUCUGAAAACUUUCAUUGAACAUCUUCUUUGUUCUAAAACAUUGUCUUUAUUCUUAAGAACCUUAAUUUUUUGGUUUGAGCCAUCAAAUACUUUUAUAUUUAAGGAGAUAAGGAUACACAUAUGAAUGGGCACAUUCUGUUGCACCAUUUAAGACUAUUUAGGCUUUGAUUUUUUUUUUUUAAGACAAACUUUUUUUUCAUGUGGUUUUAAAAACCUAAUACUCAGACUUUUUCUUGGUCCUGUACUAUUAUUGGGUUACUGAUUGCUCUAGUUAUGUAGUAACUUUUUAAUUUUUUUUUAUUUUUUACUUUUUUGUAACUUUUAAUUGGGUAAAGUGAUUCCUCUGUCUUCUGUCUUCUUAUUUAAAACUGAAUUAGCACUCCUCGUUACUUUGAAUUUCCAUAUAAAGUUUGGGAUAAGCUUGUCUGUGUUUACCAGAAAAAAAACUUUAGUGAGUUUUGAUAGAAAUUGAGUUAAAUUGGCAGAUUAAUUUGUUGAGAGUCAGCAUCUUUGCUGUUUUGAGUCUUCCAACUCAUGAAAAUAUUAUGUCUGCACAUUUAUUUGAUAUGGCUUGAUUUAUUUCAUCACUGUUUUAUGUCUCAAUAAUAGGUCCUGAACAAUUUUUAUAAAAUUUAUAUAUAGGGUUUUUUUUUUUUGAGUAAUUAUAAAUGGCAUUGAUUUUUAAACUUUCAAUUUCCACACAGUCUUUGGUAGUAUACAGAAAUAUAUAUAUUUUUUUCAUGUUAUUUUGGUAUCCUGCAACCUUGCUAUUUCUUUUGAUAGAAUCCUUGGAAUUUUCUGCAUAGAGACAUUGUCUGCAAGUAGAUGGUUUUAUUUCUUCCCAUCUGUAUAUCUGUUAUUUCCUUUUCUUGUCUUAUUGCACUAGCUAGGAUUUCCAAUGUGAUGUUGAAUACUAGUAGUGAGAAAACAUGUCCUUGCCUGGUUCCUGAUAUUAGGGGAAAACAUUCAGAUUUUCAUCAUUAACUAUGAUGUUGUAAGGUUUUCUUCAUAGAGGUUUCUUUAUCAGGUUUAGAAAGUUUCCCAUAUUCCUACUUUGCUGAGAAUUUUUUGUUAUUGUGAAUGAGUGUUGAACUUUGUCAAAUGCUUUUUUUUUCUAAUCGAUAGAAUCCUAUGUUUUUUCUUGUGUAGCCUGUUGAUAUGAUGUAUUACAUUUGUUUCAGAUUUGAAUGUUGAACCAGCCUUGUAUCCUUGGAAGAAGCCCCACUUGCUCAUGGAGUAUAAUUAUUUUUAUAUUUACAGUAUUAAAUAUGCUAGUAUUUUGUUGAAGUUUUCCUCUAAUUUCAUGAGUGGCACUGAUGUGUAAUUUUCCUUCUGGUGUUUUUUUUGUUUGUUUUUUCAACUGUCAUUUUCUGGUUUUGAUGUCUAGGUGAUUCUGGCCUCCUAACAUGUGUUAAGAGGUAUUCUUCUAUUGUUCGGAAGACAGUGUGUGUGUUGUAUAGAAUUGAUUUUAUUUGUUCUUUUAAUGUUUGGUAGCAUUCUCCAGUGAACCAUUUAGUCCUGGAGAUUUCCCUUUUGGAUGCUUUUUAAUUAUGUAUUUAUUUUAUUUAAUAUGUAUAGAACUAUUCAGAGUAUCUAUUUCAUAUUGGAUAAGUUUUUAUAGUUCAUCUUUUUCUAGGAAUUGUUGCGUUUCAUCUAAAUUUUCUUAUUUGUUUAAAGUAUUCCUUUAUUAUCCUUUUAAUGGCAGCAGAAUCUGUACUUAUAGCCCCUGUUUUAUUCCUGAUAUUGGAAGUGUGUUAACUCUCUUUUAUCUUUAUCAGUCUUCUUAGACAUUUAUCAAUUUUUUUUUUACCAUUUCAAAGAACCAGCACUUUAUAUCAUUUUUUCCUCUAUCUUUUCCUAAUUUCACUGAUUUUUUCCCCCCGAUCUUUCUUGCAUCUUUUCUUCUACUUGCUUUGGUAGUAUUUUCCUCUGCAGUUUCUUGAGGUGGGUGCUUAGGUUAUUGAUUUGAGGGUUUUUUGUUUUGUUUUCCUCACUUUACUAAUUUAAGCAUUAAGUUCUAUAAAUUUUCCUCACAGUACUAUUUUAGUUUCUUGUCUUAUGUUCUAAUUACAUUUCAUUCAGUUCUAAAUAUUUCUUUAUUUGAGACUCUCUAACCCAUAGGUUAUUUAGAAGUGUUUUGUUUAAUUUCCUAUUGUUUGGAGUAUUGUGUGCUUUCUUUUUGUUAUUGAUACCUAAUUUGUUUUACGUUUGAUUUGGGUAUUUAAAUCUUUUGAGGUUUGUUUUAUGACCCAGGAUAUAGUCUAUCUUGAUGAAUGUUCAGUAAGGCUGCUUGAAAAGAAUGUGUAUCCUACUGUCAUUGGGUGGUUUGUAUACAUAUGUACGAGAUCCUGUUCAUUGAUGAUGUUUUUCAGAUUUUCUGUAUCUGCUGAUUUCCUGCCUUGUAUUUUUAUCAAUAGCAGAGAAAGGGUGUUGAAGUCCUGCAGUUUAAUUCUAAAAUUGUCUCUUCCUCCUUUAAGUUCUAUCAAUUUUCUCUUCAUGUAUUUCAAAGCUCUGUUGUAGGUGUAUACACAUUUAGGAUUGCUAUGUCAUCUUGGUGUAUCAACCCUUUUAUCGCUAUGCUUUGUUUCUUUUUGCUCCUGUAAAAUUUUUUUGCUUUGAAGUAUAUGUUAUCUGAUAUGAAUAUAGCCACUAUUGAGUUUUUUGGUUAAUGUUUGCAUGGUUUAUGUUUUUCCACAAUUUUAUUUUCAAUCUUAUCUGUAUUGUUACAUUUGAAGUAAUGUAAUAUGUGAAUAUUGUGAAUAGCAUAUACUUAGCUCAUUUUCUUAUAUCCAUUUUACUGAUAUCUGUUUUUAAAUUGGUAUAUUUAGACCAUUUAAAUUUAAAAUAAUUAUUGAUAUUUUUAGGGCUUACAACUACCAUUUUAUGAUGUUUUUGUUGCUCUGUUGUUUGGUUUUGAGGGGGUACUUUCUGUUUGUUUUGCCUUCUUGUGGGUUACUUUAAUGUUAGUAAUUACACUUGAUAUAUCUGUGAUGUUUUUGUGUAUGUCUCUUGUAUUUUAGUGAUUACUCUAGGUAUUGCGUUGUACAUACAUAAUUUAUCACAGCCUACAGUAUCAAUGUUUUAGCACUUUGACAUGUAGAAACCUUACUUCCGUUGGGUACCUUUAUACAUUCCGCAUUCUUUAAUUGUCUUAAGUAUUCCCUCUUUGUAUACUCAACACCAUAUUGGGUGAUGUUCUUUUUACUUCAACUGUCACGCAAUUUUUACAAAACUCAUAAGAAGCACAGUCUGUUUACUUCUACUUUUACUCAUUACAUUCUUCUUUCCUCCUUCUUGAAAUCCCAAGAUUCUUCCAUAACAGUUUCUUUUUAAAUUUUUUACCCCACAAACACUUGUAGCCUGUCUUUUGUGGUAGGUUUUCUGGUAACCAAUGUGUUUGUUUUCCUUCAUCUAAAAAUGUCUUUAUGUCUCCUUCAUUCCCAAAGGAUAUUUUUCUGGGACAUAGGAUUUAGAGUCAGCACUUCUUUUCUUUCAGUACUUGAAGGGCAGGUCAUUUCCUUCUGUCUUCCAUGGUUUCAGAUGAGAAAUCUGCUGCCAUUUUACUCAUUAUUCCCCUGUCUGUAAUGUAUCCUUUCUGUCAGUGCUUUCAAAGUGUUUUUUUCUUUGUAUAUAGAGUUCAGAGGUUUGAUUAUGAUGUAACCUGCCAUAAAAUUUGGGGGGCUUAUCCUGUUUGGUGUUAGCUCAGCUUUUUAAAUUUUGUGGUGUAUGCCAUUUGACAAAUUUGAGAUAUUUUUAGUUAUUCUUCAAAUAGUUUUUUCAGCCCCUCUCUUUCAGGGGCUCCAAUAACAUGAAUGGUGUUCACUUGUUCUUAUUCCAUAGGACCCUCAGGCUCCCAUCUUUUUUUUCUCCCAGUCUGUUUUUCUCUGUUGCUCACAGUGAUUAAUUUCUGUUGAUCUCUCUCUGAGCUCACCGAUUCCUUUCUCUCUCAUGUAUAAUCUACUGUUGAGCUCAUCUAGUGAGUUUGCAUUCUGGUUUUUGAAAUUUUCAAUUGUUUGAUUUCCACCUGGUUCUUUUAUACAUCCUCUAUUUCUUUGCCUAUUUUAUGAUGCCAAAGAAGGACUCUGAGAAAACAGGCAAACUGUGUAGUCCAAAGUUAGUGGUUCUCUGGUGGUUUAUCUUGAUCUUGAAAUAGAAAUCCUAAAUUAUCUGGAGGAAUGGAAGACCUGCCAUCUUCUGUGUUGUUAUACGCAAAUAUUUCUCAAGAAAAUAUAACUGGGUGACCUGCAGAUUGUUCAAAGUUUUCUCCAGGGAAGAUUUGUGUAUAAAAUUUCCUAGCUCUCUGAGGCUUGUUAUAACCUGAAAGGAGAAUGGGCUACUCCUCUUCCAGGAUUACUCUUCCUCUUUGUGGUGGAACACAUUUCCCUAUAUUCCCCAAACUUGUAUAGGACCUCUGUCUUUUAUACCUCUACUUCUUGGUCUUUAACUUCUCCCUCUUAAUCCCCUUCUGCCCUCAUAAUUGAUACCUGUGUUCCUUACCCCCAGGCACUUUCUGCUCUACAUGCCCAUUAAGCUCUCUGCCUUUCUCUUUUCUCUCACAGAUACACCCUAUGUGACUGUUCUGUCCACUCCCUGUCUCCACCCCCUCAUGUCCCUUUUGCUUCACUGGCAACUAAAGAAUGACCUCUGCCACGCUUGCCUGACUUAAAAGCAGGUCUCACAAAGUUCCCUUUUGUCCUCCCCCCACCCCUCCCAUUGGACUGCUGCCCACCUCUCUGACUUGAAGGUCCUUUCCUGGUUUCUGUGAGUUCUUGCCCUUCUUCAGAGAGUCUGUGUCUUCAGCCCGUGUAUUAAACAGUGUGCUUCCCAGGGUCCAUCCAAGGCAUUGCUUUCUUACUUGUGAUAUGUUCCACGAGUGAGUUAAUUCCCACUUGAGGCAUUUUACACUCAGUGAUCUACAGAGUUCCCCCAAAUCCGUGUCUCCAGGCUGAAUACUGCUCAUGUGUGUUACCCAUGUUUAUACUUCCACAGCUUCUUUGUAUUCACAUACACUGAGUUGAUGCAUGUGUCAUUUGGCCAAGGCCACUACCAUGGGGAUGCACCCAUGGUAAUCGUAAGAGGAAGCAAACACGUGGUGUUACUAUACAUCAGCCAUCGUUUUCAAUGUUUGAACACAUCAGCUCUUAACCUUCACAACACGUGUAUGUGGUGACAGUCUCAUUUUACAAAUCAGAAAACUGAGCAACAGAAAGGUUAAGGAAUUUGCCCAAAGUUGUACAGUUGUUACAAAAUAUGAGAUGAGGGAUUGGAGGCCAUUUAGGCUGGCUGCAGAGUCCAUGCCCGUAUCACUUUCCUAGAUUCCUUCUUGUAGUAUGAAUCUUUGUUUUCCUGGUCACUAUUCACUUUUACUAAAAUGGAUCAAAUAAUACUCGUGUAUUAUUGGGCACUCUGUAACCCCCCUUUCUCAUUUUGCAGUACAUCUUGGCCAUUCUUUCAGUUUGAGUGAAAAACCAAAAUCAGUCUUCAGUGGUUGCAUCAUCUCUUGUAACUUUGUUGAAAAUAUAAUCUCUGAAUCUGAGGUAGCAGGGAGAUAGGAAAGGGCUAAGGCUGGCAUUUGGUUUUAGAUACUGUGUUUGAGGUGCCUGAAAAACACCUCCAUGAAUCCCACUCUCUUCUGUCUUGUUGACCAAGCCAGACACCUUGCAGCCAUUUUUCUUUCAUCAUCCUCACAUCCAGCCACUGUCUGAUUCUGUUCAUUUUACUUUUCUAUUUUCCUCAGUAGGCACUCAGUGUAUGUGUGUGUUAGUGAAUGGCCACACACAGCAGUGUAUUUUUGUAAUGUUUGCCUCCUUCACAGAGUGUUUACAGAAAGCUGUGUAUAUAGUUGGCACAGUAUAUGACAUGUUGACCACAAAGAGAAACUACAUGGGCUUUUAUGGACUGGUCUAUAAGACUUUAAAAGUCAUAGUGAAUUACUAUGUUGAAAGUCCUCAAGACUACCCAGGUUUGAUUUACUAGGAAGCAUCAGAGGACUCAGCAUAUUAUCAUACUCAACAUCUAUGGUUUAUGACAGCACAAGAAUACAAAGCAAUCUCAGUCAAGGGAAAAGAUACAAGGGCUGGAGUCCAAAGGAAACUAGGGACAAGCUUUAGGAGUUCUGAGUGCUUAACUUAAAUUCUUUCAGUGACUUAUGACAGCAUGUGUGAAAUGUCUACUAGGAAAACUCAUUAGAACCUCAGUGCCCAUGAUUUUUAUUGGGCACUUUGUCUAGAACAUAACAAAAUUCUAGACCUCCAGAAGCAUAGCAGUUUAGCAGCAUAAGCCACAUUGUUUACACAAACAAUAGGUACACUGAGCCAUUCAUCAUUUCUGGGAAUGAUAGGAAGCCUCCUGAAAUCUAAGGCCCCAGACUUUAGGGGCAAAUGUUGACGCUCAAAGGAUAGCGUGGUAUGUUAACUCUUCUUCACAAGUGACUUAAGUGAUGCCAAACUGUUGAGGAAGUUCAAAUUUCUUUAACAAAUAUUAAACAAAUACAGUUUGCCACAACAAAAAAUGUCAUAGCUUUGAGGUUAAGGCUUAUAUACACAUAAAUCAUCGUAACUAAAACAAUCAGUUAUGUCACAGUGGAAAUUCUUACAUAGUGGUCAGAUUUAAUUUAGUGAUGACAAAGCAUAGAGAAUGUCUGGUGAGCAAGAAUCUUGUCUCGAUAAAUCUAUAUGUAUUUAGAUAUGUGGUCAAGUGAUUUGACUUGCAAAUAUUCCCUUUAUUUGCCUUUAUUUUUAUGAAGAUGUAUCAACCAGGUCAAUGCUGUGUAUUUCCAUUGUGCAUAUGUCAGCAGUUUCUCAUUUACUGUUUGUUCCCACUGUUGAAACUUGUAGUCUUUGACUUCGACAAAGAGAAAAUUAAAGAAUAUGGGGUCAUAAUAAUUCCUGCAUCAUUAAAUGUGUGUAACUGGAGAUUAAAGAGUGUGUUGUUA